AUGCUCAUUGAGAUCUUCCCGGGAUCAACAUAUGCUAAGAAUGUGAUCGGAGACACUACGUUUUUGGGCCACCUCUUCGGUCGAGGUUGGUUCUAUCUUGUCCUUGGUACUUUCUACGUGUGCAGUGGCCAUAUCGUAUGUACAAUCACCGGUGUAUAUCUGUUGGUUGUCGGUGUGAUCUUCGUAACACUGGGUGCGAUUCGCCAUAGUGAGGAAGGCUGGUCAGCUGAGGAAGAGCUUGAGGUCAAGUCUGAGGUUUAG